GAGGCGGGAGCGAAGUCUCGCGAGAAGAGGCAGUUGCCGUAGCGGAGCCCUCUGGGUCUGUGCGAGUGUGUGAGUGGAUGUGAGCCGCCGCCGGAGCUGCGGACGGUUUGCCGAGCCCGUUAGCGCCGCUGGCCCAGAGUCCCGCCGCCGUCAUGUCCCGAUACUUGCGCCCCCCUAACACGUCUCUGUUCGUCAGAAACGUGGCGGACGACACCAGGUCUGAAGAUUUACGUCGGGAGUUUGGUCGCUAUGGUCCAAUAGUAGAUGUUUAUGUUCCACUUGAUUUCUACACUCGACGGCCACGAGGAUUUGCAUAUGUUCAAUUUGAGGAUGUUCGUGAUGCCGAAGAUGCUUUACAUAAUUUGGACAGAAAAUGGAUUUGUGGACGACAAAUCGAAAUACAGUUUGCACAGGGGGAUCGGAAGACACCAAAUCAAAUGAAAGCCAAGGAAGGGAGGAAUGUAUACAGCUCUUCACGAUAUGAUGAUUAUGACCGAUAUAGACGUUCUCGAAGCCGAAGUUAUGAAAGGAGGAGAUCAAGGAGUCGUUCCUUUGAUUAUAACUAUAGGAGAUCCUACAGUCCUAGAAACAGUAGACCGACUGGAAGACCACGGCGUAGCCGAAGCCAUUCCGACAAUGAUAGAUUCAAACACCGAAAUCGAUCUUUUUCAAGAUCUAAAUCCAAUUCAAGAUCACGGUCCAAGUCCCAGCCCAAGAAAGAAAUGAAGGCUAAAUCACGUUCUAGGUCUGCAUCUCACACCAAAACUAGAGGCACCUCUAAAACAGAUUCCAAAACACAUUAUAAGUCUGGCUCAAGAUAUGAAAAGGAAUCAAGGAAAAAAGAACCACCUAGAUCCAAAUCUCAGUCAAGAUCACAGUCUAGGUCUAGGUCAAAAUCUAGGUCAAGGUCUUGGACUAGUCCCAAGUCCAGUGGCCACUGAUAGUAUAAAUCAUGAUACUUCUAGGCAUGUAUCAUUCAUUUACUCAUAGUUUGGUAUACUUAAAUUAUCAGGAAUACAAUGUUGCAAUGAUGCGUUUAAAAACAAACAAACAAACUUAACUUGUUAGCUUUCCCUGUACUGGGCAAUGGUUAUAAUUAAAAUGAUAUGCUGUUGAGAAGCCACUCUUAAGAGUCCAGUUUGUUUAAUGUUAUGGGCAGCUACCAAUUUGUGGUGUCUCUGUAUAUUUUUGUAAAGACUCUCAUUUUUUAUGCUUGAAGUAUUUGGUGAAAAGAUGUUGGUGACCAUAAUUUGCAACAUUGUCUUAUUAAAAAUAAAUUUUCAUAUCCAUAUUUGGUAGAACUGUUAACCUAGAAAUGUAGCUUGCUGAUAAGAUAGAAUGAUACAAAAGUGAAGUGGUAGCCACAUUACAACACUGACUGCUCAGACACAUUUAGGUUCAGGGUGGACCUUUAUGUCUUGUCAAGGUGUCUAAGCCCGUGAUGAUUAUUUAUGCAGUGUGGAAUAGUUCUUUUGUUAACUCCACUGUCUGGGGGUUGAUGCCAGCUGGGUUAAAUAGCGUUUUCAGGGAGAUUGACCUUUUCACUGAAACAUGGAGCCUUCACUGCUUUCCCCCCACCUAAAUCCCUGCUGGUUUCUAUGAUUUGGAACAUUAAAGCAUAAGGGGAAAAAAAGUUCCCUUUAAGUUUUGAGUGUGUCGAUGAUCACAGAAAUCAUUUUAAGGGGAAAAGACUGUUCUUAGCAUAGUUUCUCUAAAAUUUAACUCUUGUUGAUCAUUGUUAUUUAGGGGUUUUGUUUUGUUGUUUGUUUUUUCUGUUAGAAACAAGUAAACUGUUUGAAAGUACAUUUUGUUUAUAUGCAUAGUGUAAAACAGACUGAAUUUUGAUGCUCACAGCACUUGACAUGUGCGUUUGUAUCAAAGUCUGCCUGUCCAUAGGGAGGCUUGCUCUUUACACCUCAGUUUAUUCAUGUGAGGCAAGCUGAGAAGAUCACUCCGAGGUGAUUUGUGGUGCCGUGAAUUUUUGGAAAAAGUUGAGUUUUAAGCAAAAGCCACAUCACUUAGUUUUUUGGUAAUGUAGGACAUGGAUAAAAAAAUAACGAAAUGGUACCCUUAAAUAUUUAUAAUUUCUAGUACUUCUCUUCAAGAUUGUUUUGGAGGCAAUAAAGUGACUUGAAAUGUCCGGUGUCAUUUCAGAAUACAAAGCUAGCGUCUCUAAGAUCUUAGACUCCUUGCUUACAGAUGUGAGUGAAGAAACUGUGGGGGAUGAUCCUCCUAGAGGACUACCUUAUUUUUCCUUUCAAUUUUGUUUUUUAGAAAUCUAGUCCUUGCUUGUAGACAAAAGAUGGUUUUAAGAACUGUUUGUGGAAUGUGUUUGGAGGGUUAAUUCUAGAACCUUUGUAUAUUUAAUAGUAUUUCUAACUUUUGUUUCUUUACUGUUUGCAGUUAAUGUUCUUGUUCUGCUAUGCAAUCAUUUAUAUGCACGUUUCUUUAAUUUUUUAGAUUUUCCUGGAUGUAUAGUUUAAACAACAAAGUCUAUUUAAAACUGUAGCGGUAGUUUGCAGUUCUAGCAAAGAGGAAAGUUGUGGGGUUAAACUUUGUAUUUUCUUUCUUAUAGAAGCUUCUAAAAAGGUAUUUUUAUAUGUUCUUUUUAACAAAUAUUGUGUACAACCUUUAAAACAUCAAUGUUUGAAUCAAAACAAGACCCAGCUUAUUUUCUGCUUGCUGUAAAUUAAGCAAAGAUGCUAUAAUAAAAACAAAAUGAAGGAAA